GCGCUCUACUUUAUGCUCUUUUAUCUCUGCGGAAGAAUACCCAAAAACACUGGCCAGUGUCUGUUGACGCUGGAGAAAUUGCAAUUAUUUUUGAGACGGCGCUUCUCAUUGGAUACAGUGGACCUGCAAUAUUCUGCCCAUUGUACGGGAGCCCACGAUUGGCUACGUUGGAUCUGCAAUGCGUCAAACAAUGGCGCCUAAUAUUACCUGAGUAGUUUAGGAAAACGGUAUGGCCGGACAGUCUACUUUGUAUCACAGAGAAUUUUGUAAUACUAUAGUUAUUGCUGUCGACAAGAAGUUUCUUUCAGUCUGCCUAGUUCCUCAAAAUCAUACAUCCUGAUCUGGCAGGGGCUCGAUUGGAGUUUUUUGGGAGGAAUGGUGGGGAUCGGCGAUUGGUCACCGCAAGCAUACACGGAACUAUUUACUUUUAGUCGCGGAAUUGAAAAUGACAGGUGUAUCAAUCAGGGAAUAUACAAUUAAAAUAUUAGAAACCCUGUGCUGAUUGAGUCUAUUUUGUGAAUUAAACUACUACAUUCAAACCAAGAUUUACUUUUAGGCAAUAAUCUUGCAGUCUGCAACAAUAUGUCCCAGGCAUAAUCACGGUUUAAUCAGUCUAUGGAAGUGUGUUUGUGUGCUCAUGCUCAAUCAUACAAUUUACAUUCAAGAGAACAGGAUUUAAACAGCCUAAAAUUAUGCGAUUCCUAAAAUUCUACCUCUCCAACAAACCACAGGCGCGUUCGAGAUGACGUCAUAUUCAUGCGACUGUUUACACGCAGAGGCUAUCAACAUGGCACUAUUUCCAGCUUUUGCAGGAUUAUCAAAUACAAAAGCUGAGAUUGCACCUAAAGAACUAGAAUGGCUGAACAAUCAAAGUUUCCGCACUGAUGACGCUCUCUCUCUUCACCAACGAGCCACUGAGAAAGCCAACGAAACACAAUCGGCAGAAACAAGACACGUUAUACCAGAGAGGGAGGAUAAGAAUGAUGUCCAAUCCAACAAGAAGAAAAAGAAGAAGGAGGAGAAGAAGAAGAAGAAAAAAAAAAAGAAGAAGCACAAGAAGAAGAGUGGAGAACCCUCUCCAGCAAGCAGUGGCUCAGAUUCGGAUACUAUCUACCCCAGUGACCUCCUAAAAAAGGCUGAGAGCACUCCUCCCAGUGAGGCGGUUCAGGUGGAGGGGUCUUUUGUGUGGUUGGAUGACCUCCAGACCCCCACCGAUCAGCCCUUCUGCGUGGACAGGAGAGCAGACCGUGCCAACUGGGAGUACAAAUCACUUUACAGAGGAGAUAUCGCUAGGUACAAAAGGAAAGGCUCUUCCUCUCUGGGUUUGAACCUGCGGUCUCAGGCCGUGAGCUGGGCUGAGUCUGGCCCAGAGAAGAAGAGAGUGGACAGGAGACAGAGACCCAACCGCUACUUCUCCCCCACCGUCCGCCAGCUGCUGAUGUCUGAUGGCAAACCCACGUUGCCCAGACCUCCACCAGAGGACACCACAACCACCACUUUAUCCUUCAUCCCUGUGCCCUCCUGUCUGGAAGGUGAGGCAGAGGGGGGUGGCUCUGCCAAAGGCCAGGGCUCCUGGGUCAACCCCCUGGGGGUGUAUGACUCCUCCACGUCCCUGUGGCUCCAGGGGAAGGGGAAGGUGGAGCAUGGCAAGGCAGAGGAACAACCUUCUACUCCCAGGGACAAUGCUGCCGUCAUGCUGGCUGAACGGGUGGAGGACUUCAAUAGGAGGCUGAGGGAAACCCCCACAGACACACACACCUGGCUUCAGUUUGUCCUCUUCCAGGACGAGGUAGCUGGGGCGCCUGGGGUGUUUGCUGACAUCUCUGAGAACGAGAGCGAGCGGCGGAAGAGGUCAGUGCGCGCCACGCUGGAGAAGAAGGUAGCCAUUUUGGAUCGAGCAGUGGAGAAUAAUCCGAGCUGCGUGGAACUGAAGCUGGAGCGACUGCGGCUCUGUAGGGAGCUGUGGGAGCCGGCAGCCCUGCUGAAGGAGUGGAAAAAGCUGGUGUUCCUGCACCCCAACAGUGCCCCCCUGUGGAGGAAGUACCUGCUGUUCAUGCAGAGCCACUUCAGUACCUUCUCCGUGUCAAAGGUCAACACGGUAUACGGGAAGUGUCUGAGCACGCUGGCGGCGGUGCAGGAUGGGAGCAUGGUUUCUCACCAGAUGCUGCCGGGCACUGAUGAACACAUGCUGGCCAUCUUCCUCCAGCAGUGUCAUUUCCUCAGGCAGGCUGGCCACUCAGAGAAAGCUGUGUGUCUGUUCCAGGGCCUACUGGACUUCACCUUCUUCAAGCCAGACACUGUCAAGGACCUACCCACCAGACAACAGGUGGAGUUCUUUGAGCCAUUCUGGGACAGUGGGGAGCCCCGUGUCGGGGAGAGAGGGGCCAGUGGAUGGAGAGCCUGGAUGACCCAGCAGGAGAGAGGGGGCUGGCUCCAACCCAGUGAACAAGAUGAUGGAGAUGAAGAAGAUCAGGAGGAAUUGGAGGUGAAGGAUAAAACCUGGCCCAAGUGGAGGAUCUGGUUGGAUGUGGAGACGUCACGCGAGGCCAUCCAUUGGCUGCCAUGGAGGCCGGACAAAACCAAGGGCCAAUCGGUGGAGGACUGUGAGGACCCGGACCGACAGGUGCUGUUUGAUGACAUUGGGCCGUCUAUGAUCCGGCUGGUCCGCCCAGACCUCCAGCUAUGUCUUCUUCUGUCCUUCCUGCACUUCCUGGGUCUGCCUGCUGACACUUCCUGUUACAGCGCCCCCUCCUGUAGCCUGCUGCUGGAUGAUCAGGCUCUACUGGGGGAUGUUCACCACCCUGACUCACCACUGACCUCUUAUGCCCUCCCUGUUCCUGGGGUCAGCCCCGUGGGUCACAUGACCUCUCUGCAGGGUGCCAGGAGGGGGGUGGGGCUGUGUAAGCAGGGGGAGGAGUUUGUAGACAACGUGUUCCAGAUGGUUCUGCCUCUGUUCUCUGCUCAGGAGAGAGCUGUCCUCUCACUACACUGGAUCCAGUAUGAGAAGCUCAAGGUGCUGAGGUGCGUGCGCGGCAGGAACAAGAAGCGUGUGAAAUCCCAGGGGAAGAGGAGCAAGCGCCUGGCCAAGCGCCUGCUGAAGGAGCCAGAGAACCGGGGCCGCCUCAGCCUGUGGAGGGAGUACGCCCACCUGGAGUGGCUGCUAGGGAAUUUGGACGAGGCCCACAAGGUGUUCGACACAGCCCUGGGACUGGGCGUGGCAGGAGGGCUGGCAGACCCUGCCCUGUGUGACCUCUGCCUGCUCUACGCCCAGCUGGAGGUGGAGGAGGCCUGGCGAAGGGAUACGGGCGGGGCAGGGACGACUGUUACGACCGCCAUGUCUUCACCAGCGGUCUAUAUCCUCACCAAGCUAGCAGAGGGUAGUUCGUAUGCCCCCUUCCUGGGACAGUUGGCUCCAGUGGCCGUGCUGAAGGCCAGGAAGGCCUAUGAGCAGGCUGUGGUGAGCUCCCUGCCUGGGCAGGAGGAGGGGGCCGCGGGGCAGGGGCAAUCCAAGUCCAGGCAGGUCAAAGGUCUGGUGGGGUGUUACGCCCUAUUCCAGUACCUGACUGUGGGGGUUGAUGCUGCUGAUGCUGUCUACAACCUGGCCAGAAAGAGGCUGGAGCAACACUCCAGUAUGUCAGCCCAGGAGUCAGCUAGCAGUGAAGUUAUGUGUGACAUACAGACACUGAGCUCUGUCUCAGAGUGUGAGGCCCUGGCUGUCCAGCAGGUGGCGCUACUGCGCUACCACACCAGCACCAACGUGUACCCACUUAGCCAUAUCAGACUGGCGCUGACCUCGGCCCUGGCCCACUUUGCCUCCAGCACUUCUCUGUGGCAGUUGUAUGUGCAGGUGGAGAACCGCUACCAUAGCGCUGGCAGGGCUCGCCGCUUCUUCCACAGCGUGACCAAGGCUAGUACCAGUGUCGUGCCACGCCUGUUCGCCAUCAGCGCAGAGCAGCAAAGGAAGCAGCUAGUGGACUCUGUUCAGAGGUCUGAUUGCUGUGGUGACACCGUCUCCAGCCUGCCAGAGAACGGCCUGAGCAACCGUAUCCGCUCGCUGUUUGAGAAUGCCAUAGCAACAGAGCACGGGGUCCACUGUCCGUUGCUGUGGAGGAUGUACAUGAACUUCCUGGUGUCAGAGGGGAAGGUGGAGAAGGGAAGAGGUAUCUUCUACAAGGCUCUACAGGACGUCCCAUGGGCAAAGGGUUUAUACAUGGACGCGGUGCAACUCUUCCCUGAGCACGUGCAGGAGUUCCUGGACCUGAUGACCGAGAAGGAGCUCAGACUGAGGGUUCCCAUGGAGGAGGUGGACAUACUGCUGGAGGACUGAAGCUCUAAAACCCUUUCCACAGUGCACUGGGGCCUGGCUUCCUCAGACACUCCACUGUGGAUACCCGAAGUUGUGCACUGACCAAUAGAACAACCAAGUGUCUUCAUGAAGAAGACCAUUUUACUAUUCAAACAGACGUGUGAAUAAAUGAUGUUACACUUAUUAGUGUUAAUUCAAUAUUUUGAUGGAUUGCAAAUCCAUAUUUUUAUAUUUCCAGCUUUUUAUGGAUUCUUAAUCCAUAUUUUGAUUAACAUAAUAUACUAUUUUUCUGUCAAAGAUUUGUUUAGAUUUAAAAAAAAAAAAAAAUUAUGGACUGAAAUAAAUGUUUUGUUUCCCAAUAUUGGCCUAUCAACCUUUAUUUAAGAAUGAGCUCUGAGCUUUCAGCCAAUGUGAACCCUGAGGGAUGCUUGUGUGCAUUUCCUGCGUGGAUAACGACAUCAUCACAGCUUAACAGUGUGGAAAGGAGCACACCUGAGGGUACACUUCAGAGCCCGGAAGAAGAGAGGAAACACACGAGGGUAGAGAAGCUUUGUAUAGUCUUUUUAAUGACUGUCCUUCAGAGUAGUUAGAGCAUCUACUCUGGCUGUCUCGGGUGAGUGAUGCUUCUGAUGACCUUGAACCUAUGAUGAUUAUCCUCUGUCAUUUUACUGGAUUGGCCUCGAUCUACUACAUACUACUCAGGCUAUGAUGUAAUAUUUUAUUAGUGAAAUACACAACGCCUUCGGAAAGUAAAAAGUAGCAUUGCCUUUAAAUUGUUUAACUUGGGUGAAACAUUUUGGGUAGCCUUCCACAAGCUUCCCACAAAAAGUUGGGUGAAUUUUGGCCCAUUCCUCCUGACAGCUGGUCUAACUGAGUUAGGUUUGUAGGCCUCCUUGCUCACAAACACUUUUUCAGUUCUGCCCACAAAUGUUCUAUAGGAUUGAGGUCAGGGCUUUGUGAUGGCCACUCCAAUACCGUGACAUUGUUGUCCUUAAGCCAUUUUGCCACAACUUUGGAAGUAUGCUUGGAGUCAUUGUCCAUUUGGUAGACCCAUUUGCGACCAGGCUUUAACUUCCUGACGGAUGUCUUGAGAUGUUGCUACAAUAAAUCCACAUAAUUUUCCCUCCCUCAUGAUGCCAUCUAUUUUGUGAAGUGCACCAGUCCCUCCUGCAGCAAAGCACUUCCACAACAUGAUGCUGCCACCCCCGUGCGUCCCGGUUGGGAUGGUGUAUUUCAGCUUGCAAGCCUCCCCUUUUUCCUCCAAACAUAACGAUGGUCAUUAUGGCCAAACAGUUCCAUUUUUGUUUCAUCAGACCAGAGGACUUUUCUCCAAAAAGUCCAAUCUUUGUCCCCAUGUGCAGUUGCAAACCGUAGUCUGCCUUUUUUUAUGGCGGUUUUGGAGCAGUGGCUUCUUCCUUGCUGAGCGGCCUUUCAGGUUAUGUUGAUAUAGGACUAAUUUUUACUGUGGAUAUAGAUACUUUUGUACCUGUUUCCUAUAGCAUCUUCAAAAGGUCCUUUGCUGUUGUUCUGGGAUUGAUUUGCACUUUUCGCACAAAAGUACGUUCAUCUCUAGGAGACAGAACGCGUCUCCUUCCUGAGCGAUAUGACAGCUGUGUGGUCCCAUGUUGUUUAUACUUGCGUACUAUUGUUUGUACAGAUGAACUUGGUACAUUCAGGCGAUUGGAAUCCAUUGACUUGUGGAGGUCUACAAGGUUUUUCUCUGAGGUCUUGGCUUAUUUAUUUUGAUUUCCCCUUGAUGUCAAGCAAAGAGGCACUGAGUUUGAAGGUAGGCCUUGAAAUAAAUCCACAGGUACACCUCCAAUUGACUCAAAUGAUGUCAAUUAGCCUAUCAGAAGCUUCUAAAGCCAUGACAUAAUUUUCUGGAAUUUCUAAGCUGUUUAAAGGCACAGUCAACUUAGUGUAUGUAAACUUCUAACCUGUCUGUAAACAAUUGUUGUUAAAAUGACUUGUGUCAUGCACAAUGUAGAUGUCCUAACCGACUUGCCAAAAUGAUUGUUUGUUAACAAGAAAUUUGUGGAGUGGUUGAAAAACAAGUUUUAUUGGCUCCAACCUAAGUGUAUGUAAACUUCCGACUUCAACUGUACAUGAUUCCAUCUGUUAUUUCAUAGUUCAGAUGUCUUCACUAUUAUUCUACACUGUAGAAAAUAGUACAAAUAAAGAAAAACCUUUGAACGA